UAGUGAGUCGACUCCUGUAAUAGUUGACAUACAUCGGGUCGAUAUAAGAUUCGACCCUUGGGAUUUUACCCGGACCGUGCUGCUGUUUUCAAAACAAUCGGCCCCUGCGUCUGGAACUGCGCAGAGGCGGAGUCGGUGGUUCCGUCAAGGUGCCAGUACCAUAUGAAGUAGCGACGGGGUCAAGCCUAUCCCAGCUACACCCUAGAGGGUGGCCGAGGUCGAACGGCAGGAGCUGCAGAUCCGGAUCACUAGAAGUCAAGACCCGACGUCCUCCGCCUAUGUGUGUUUUGUCGAUGAGGGGCCUAUCAUCAUCAUCAUGGAAAGCGGCCACAGGCAGCACCUUCAUAUCCCGUCAUUUCGUUCAGGCAUCCGUAUCGAAGGUUCUGGCUGUCAUGGUGGGGAGGAGUCUGGCUGUCACGGCUCUCUCAUGCUCCGUCCAACGACCAUGCUACCAUCACGGACUUGAACGCCCCUUGCCCCGUUCGUGUAUAGCCCCUGCAAGCGAAAGUCUUGUCUGGAAUCAAGGGGAGACCGCAGAUUACGAAACAACUAUUGAACUAGGCUUAGUUAUACCGCUCACACUUCGAUCUUUCGCUACUGCUGCCUGUGGCACUGGGACAGUCCUUAAUUUGUCUUCGAUUUCCGUUGACUGUUCUUGGCUACUUGUUUGUUCCUCCAGACUCAGGUUUUCAAUCCGCGUCAUUGAGCUCAGGCAGCGCAUCCAGCAAGGGCUGGCACGGCACCGACCCCCGCUCUAGGAAGCGACACUCUUCUCGUCUCCGCAGAACGGGCCCAAACUCUGCCAGCGUUCCAACAGUUCGAUCCGUAUGGGCUCAACGACACCCCCCUGACGACAC